GGGCUAGAGCGGAGCGGUUGGGGGUGGGAGUUGGCGCUGUGAGCCGGCAGUGGUCGUGGAGCUGCGAUGUGGACGGGGCCGAGACGGUGACCGGAGCUGCUGCCCGACAUGAACUCGCUGGAGCAGGCGGAAGAUCUCAAGGCCUUUGAGAGAAGACUUACUGAAUAUAUUCAUUGUCUGCAACCUGCCACUGGACGUUGGAGAAUGCUUCUUAUAGUGGUAUCUGUCUGUACAGCUACUGGUGCCUGGAACUGGCUAAUAGAUCCCGAGACACAAAAGGUGUCUUUCUUCACCUCACUGUGGAAUCAUCCAUUCUUCACCAUUAGCUGUAUCACUCUCAUAGGCUUGUUCUUUGCUGGAAUACACAAGAGAGUGGUUGCACCAUCAAUUAUAGCUGCUCGAUGCCGAACUGUAUUAGCAGAGUAUAAUAUGUCUUGUGACGAUACAGGAAAGCUGAUUUUGAAACCUAGGCCUCAUGUUCAGUGACAGUCUACACUCAUAGGACUUGAAACAGCCUUGCUUCAAAGACAGCAAAGUGCCAUACAGGAUCCUUCUACAGCUGGAUAGGUCAAGGGCAACAGCUGACAAGAAGCGUGCAAUAUUUACCCAGACUACCUGGACAACAGCGUUGUUGUUGCUUUGGGACCUUGGAUUACCUGUGUUUCAGUAUUACUGUCACUUUAGUACUUCACGUUCUGCAGAGACUUUGGCAAAUGAAGUAUGUAUGUAUGUUACUAAGUUAAACUUAGAAACAGAACCUCCUUUAGUUUUUAUAAUGUAUUUUUGCAAACUACUGUAAAUAGCAAAUCAACGCCAGUUUUAAACAAAGAGGAAAACGUUGCGUGGACUUUGUUUUCCUGCACCAGUAUUUCAGGAACAUCUGCUUGCCAUUCCACAGCUCUUUAAAACCAGCUGUUAUGUCUAGCUGUGCCCUGCAUUCCUGUAACCAUACUGCAGGAAAAGCAUCAGACUGAGUUUAGACUCAGGAAAAUUCCAUUAUGUUUUAAGAGAUUAUACAUGUUUUAAGAACCAGUUUUUGUUAAGCCAGAUACUGAAUUCCAGCCACUAUUGUGGUUAUAUUUUUCAGUUCAUUGUUUUCAUUUACUGCUAAGUAUACUUUUUAUUUUUUACGUAAUUUUAAGAGUGCUCGAAAGGUUUCUGAAUAUGUAAAUUCAGUUAUAAAUUAUGUAUUGUCUGGGAAUUUGACAGUCAGAUUGUUACAGAUAAUUGGAUUUUAUGCUGUGGUAGGCGUGCUAGUACCGCAUAGGUGUGAUUGAUCAUCCUCCUCCAUCACAAGGAUAACGUGGGAGCAGUGCCACAACCUGGAGCUGACAGUCCUCACUGUCCCCAGAGUCUUCAUGACAUACUGUGUAUGUAUAAUAACCACAUGUACUAUAAGAGCCCUUAAGAUCAAACUGUUGGGAUUGCUGUAAAUAUUUUAAAGUACUGGAGGUGCCUUUUUACUUGUUUAUGAGCAGAUUUUGAAAAGUUUAAAUUAUUUCAUGAGCAAUCUUGUAAAUUUCCAUUUAACAUAAAGCUGAAAAUUCAAUAACAGGACAAAAACUUUUUAACAAGACUGCCAUUUAACUUAAAACGUGACCAUCUUAGCUUUCACAUGUGUAAUAUUCUUCAACUGCAGCAAUAAAACCCUCUGCUCCUAAGAAGUCUUUAAGAGGGGAUUAUAUAUAUUCAGCAUUGUUUUAUUUUCUGUCAAUUUUGUAGGUAAAUAUGUGCAUAAAAAUAAAAUACUUUAUAUAUAAAUUGUGAUUGUACUUUUUGUUUGGUUUAUUAUAAAUCUGUAACUCUGGGGGAAAAAAAAAGAUUGUGUGUGUCAGAUAUAGGCUAGUUCUAAAUGAGAUAUUUUACUUUAACUCUGUCCAGUAGAGCAGAUUUUAAAUAGCAAUUGGCAGUACCCAGUUUUAGAUUGUGAUUAUUUUUAUUGUCUUAUUCAUCAUUGUCUAACAGCACUUGGCUCUUAAUCAGGAAAUACAGGUUUUAUUUUUCAUAUCAUAUGGCCUUAGCCCUUUACCUUGGAUUCCAGUUUUCCUCCAAGAGUGUAUAUAAAGCUGAAAAGUGAUUUCAUAGGUCAGUUAUCGUUAAUCCUUUUUGGAGUCCCAAGUUACUUUGAAUAUUUGAUGAAAACCUUGGAUCUUCUCCCCUAGAAAAAUAUACCUGUGUACAUACAUACACUUUGUAUGUACCUGGAGAUAAUUUCAGGGAUUUCCUGAAGCCAGACUACCUGGACCAUUGGCUCCAAGAAGGAAACCUCAUUAAAGGUCUGGAGGCUUUUCCUACUUUUACUUCUAGCAGAACAACUAUUUUCCAGGUUAGCCCCUCAGCCACCGCAGCACUGUUAGGAAGUUAUUAAGUCCAGCCCUCUAAUUUUACAAGUAAAAAAAACAGUCUCAGAUUUGCAAAGUAAUUUUACUGAAGGUCCCCACAACUUGUCAAUAACAGAGCUGUACCAGAAACCAACACUGUAAGGAUGCUGUGUGUCUGUCUGUAUUGAAUUUAAAAGUCACUAUAUGGUUAAAAGUGUAGACUCUUGCAUGAGACUGUCUAGAUUUGAACCUCAGAUAUGUUACUUGUAACUUUACACAGUUAUGUAAAAUUAGUUUUCUCAUUUACAAAAUGGGUAAAAUGGCAGUCUCCUAGGUUUAUAACAAAGAUUAAAAGUGUUAAUUCAUGUAAAGCAUUCGAACAGUGCCUGAUCACAUAGUCAAUGUUAAGUAAUUUUGUUAAACAAAAUCAAAGAAAAGUAACAAUGAAAAGAUUUGAUUGUUACGACUUUACCCAAAAUCAGCAUCUUAUUCAAGGUAACUGUGAGGAAAAUCUGUGUAUCUUUUGAACGAAGCAGACUCCUGAAUACAGUUUAAAUGCAAAGAGAAGAAUAUUUUGCUUCUGAUGAUCAAGAGACCUAAAAUGGCUGUAGGUGUUUUCCUUCUCUUAAUUUCACGAAAAACUUAAAGCUGAUAGUGAUGCUUUCAAGGGGCUCCUUUCUCUUACAGAACUAACUUCUUGAUUGGUAUUUUGUGGAGACCUGGUGUCUAGAGUAGCAAAACUAGUGAAGCGUAUAUGUUUAUAUAUGCAGAGAUUUAUCUCAAGGAAAUAGCUCGCUCAGUUAUAGAGGCUGGCAAGUCGCAAGUCCGUGGGUAAGGUGUCAGGCUGGAGGCUUCUGACUUACAUAGCUGCAGAGGCUGAUGAACCCAAGAUCGGCAGGUCAGACAGGCCACUGGCUCACAGGCGGCGAGAACAGAGGAAUGCAAGAUCAACAAGUAAGACGGCAGGCUGCUGGCUCACAGGCUGUGGAGGCCGACAAAUCCCAAGACCAGCAGCCAGUAUGGAAGGCCAUUGGCUCAAGUCCCAAGAACCAAAGGUCAGAUGAUGAUGAUCUCGGUGUAAGAUACAGAGCAAGCAAGCAAGCUUUGCCAAAACAUCCGUAUAUAUGGAUGCAGGCCACACUCCCCAGGCAACUCCCCUUACACAGAUUAGCUGAUCGCAUCACAUCAUGGACGAUGACUACAUCAUUACAUAAUUGCCAAACUGUAUCAUUAUGUAACUGCCAAACCACUGAGAAUCAUGGCUCAGCCAAGUUGGCACACAACAUUAACCAUCACAGUCCACCCCUUGCCAGCUUGGCACCUGUAACGGUGCCUUAAAUGAUACACAAUAAAGACAGUCACAAAGUCAUUCCUGAGCCUUACAUGAUACAACUAAUGUGUACAACUGAAAAUGGCACUAGCCCCAUCUACAUCUUUUAUAAGUGAAGCAACCAAAAAUAUUUGAUGCACAUGAACAAAGAAAAAAUACUCAAUUACAAUCCUCAUUUCUACAAAAUGUCACAAGGUCAUAACUGGUAUUCAAAACUACCUUCUUCCACCACCCAUUCCAUAUUCCCUUUACCCUCAGUAAGCACCAUAGCUGGUCGUAGUUCUUUGCCUGGUGGGUUGACCCAAACCUUCAUUCCAGAAGGGUCUGGGUCAAUUGUAGUCAUGUCAGAAUUGGGUUGCUGUAGUUUUCCACUGACUUUAAUAAUCACAGGGCAUGGAAGUGCUAAGAGAUGCCCUAAGGGUUGUCCUGUAUUCCAGACGUACUCUUCUUCACCUCCAUUAUGCAAUAUCAAACUGAUUUCCUCUUGGUAAUCAGGAUAAAUCACACCAGCCAAUACAGUACCUCCCUUUGCCUGUUGAUCAAGAAGCACGAGAAGCCCGAAGUGGCUGGGUAGCAUUCUUCCAGUUCAGUGGAAUCAGUAAUGUGUCUCCAGAUGGGAGCAUUCCUCCCUUUGGAACUAAGACCUCAAGACCUGCAGAGCAUAGGGUCGUGGGGGCAGGAAGCAAAAAUUUUAUGAGUGGGUCACUAGGAGUAAUAGUGAGUGAUGUAACUCCCAUUUGUACCCCUUGAUUCCUGGAACCAUGUAUCCUAGCUAUGGGAAAAACAGCACCAUAUGUUGGACACUGGCUUAGAGCAUAUACAGCCUCCUGGGUAACAUGCCCAAUCUUACAAGGUAUUGCCACCUAGCUGGCACUAUAAUUGUGUCUUUAGUGGGGGGCCAUUCCAUCAUUCUAACAAGCCAGGCCUUCAGGAUAACGGGGGACAUGGUAAGACCAGUGAAUUCCACAAGCAUGGGCCCAUUUCUACACUUGAUUUGCUGUGAAAUGAGUCCCUUGAUGUGAGGCAAUGCUGUAUCAAAAUAAAAAACCCACUGCCUCACAGCAACCCUACAGGACAGAGUAGAACUGCCCCAUAGAGUUUCCAAGGCACGCCUGGCAGAUUCGAGCUGCCGACCUCUUGGUUAGCGGCCAUUACACUUAACCACUGCACCGCGGGGGUUUCCAAUGCCGUAUGGGACACCAUAAUGGUGGGUAGGUCAUUCUGUGAGUCCACAGAUGGUAGUUUUGGCAGAAGCAUUGCAUGUAGGGAGGGCAAAUCCAUAUCCAGAGUGUCUAUCCCAGUAAGAACAAAACACUGCCCUUUCCAUAAUGGAAGCAGUCCAAUGUAAUCAAUCUGUCACAGGGUUGCUGGCUGAUCACUUCGAGGAAUGGUGCCAUGUUGAAGGCUCCAUGCUGGUCUCUUCUCCUGGCCGAUUGUAGCCAAGUCAGCCUUGGUGAAUGGAAGUCCAUGUUGCUACGCCCAUGCAUAACCUCCUCCAUGGCCACUUUGUUCAGGAGUCCAUUGAGCAAUGAUGAGACGGGCUGGGAAAAGAGGAUGAGUGGUUUCCACAGAUGUCAUUUCUAUCCACUUGAUUGUUAAAAUCCUCUGCCGAGGACACCCUUUGGUGAGAAUUCACAGGAGACACAAAUAUGUUCACUUGGCCCAUUCAGAGCGGUCUAUCCAUAUACCUCUUCCCCAUACCUCCUUGCCACCAAAUUUCCAAUCACGUUCCUUCCAAGUACCUGACCAUCCAGCCAAACCAUUGGCCACAGCCCAUGAAUCAAUACACAAUCGCACAUCUGGCCAUUUCUCCUUCCAAGCAAAGUGAACAACCAGGUGCACUGCUCAAAGUUCUGCCCAUUGAGAGGAUUUCCCUUCACCACUGGCCUUCAGGGAGGUCCCAGACAGGGGUUGUAGUGCUGCCGCUGUCCACUUCUGAGUGGUGCCUGCAUAUCGCGUAGAACCAUCUGUAAACCAGGCAUGAGUUUUCUCUUCUUUAGUCAACUGACCAUGAGGAACUCCCAGUGAGGCCAUAGGUGCAAACUGGGAGAGAGCAAAAAAUGUGACAGGAGUGGAGACUGUGAGCAUUUGGGCCACUUCCUCAUGCAAAGUACUUGUGCUUUCAGGCCCCACUGAGGCCUGAUCUCAUAUAUACCACUCCCGUUUAAGGAUGGAGUACUGCUGUGCACAUCUGACUUUAUGGCUCUGUGGGUCAGACAACACCCAGUUCAUGAUGGCACCUCAGGCCACAUGGUGACUUGGUAGCCCAUGGUUAAGCAUUCAGUGUCUACUAAUACCCAGGAACAAGCCGAAAGCUAUUUCUCAAAAGGAGAGUAGUUAUCUGCAGAGGACGUAAAGGCAAUGCUCCAAAAUCCUAAGGGUCUGCACUGUGCUUCACCGAUAGGGGCCUGCCAAAGACUCCAAACAGCAUUUGCAUCUGCCACUGCCACUUCAAGCACCACUGGGUCAGCCAGAUCAUAGGGCCCAAGUGGCAGAGCAGCUUGCAUGCUAGCCUGAACCUGUUGCAGAGCCUUCUCUUGUUCUGGGCCUAAUUCAAAACUAGCAGCUUUUUGCAUCACUUGACAAAUAGGCUGGGGUAGCACACCCAAAUGAGGGAUAGUGCCUCCUUUUUUAGUUGCGGGAGGGGCCAGAUGUACAACUUAUGCUUCACUUAAGAAGGAGUAUCUCAACAUGCCCCACAUCACUGAAUUCCUAGAAAUUUCACUGAGGUGGAAGGCACCUGAAUUUUUGUGGGAUUAAUUUCCCACCCUCUAGUACUCAAAUGUUUUACCAGUAAGACCAGAUUCAUUGAUACUUCUUCCUUACUAGGACCAAUAAGCAUAGAGUCAUCAAGGUAACGGGCCAGUGUGAUGUCUUGUGGAAGGGAAAGGCAAUCAAGGUCCCUGCGGACUAAAUUAUGACAUGGACUGGAGAAUUGAUAUACCCUUGAGGUAGGACAGUGCAGAUGUGUUGCUGGCCUUACCAGCUGAAGGCAAACUGUAGUGUUCCUUUGAAACCAGAAUCGAGAAAAAGGAAUUGUCCGUAUCUAUAGCUGCAUACCAGAUAAGAGAAGCUGUAUUAAUUUGCUCAAGCAAUGAAAUCUCAUCUGGAACAGCAGAUGCAGGCACCACCUGGUUAAGUUUAUGAUAAUCUACUGUCAUUCUCCAAGAUG